CUUCCUUCGCUUAGAUUUGCAUCUCUUUCACUCUGCUGGCAAUCGGAAGGGUAAAAUCGAUUUGCCUACUCUUUCUGACUCAUAAGGAGGAGUGGAAACGCCAUCUGCGUCUUUUAUUUUUGAAUCUACUGUGCGCUGUUUUUGUUUGAGUGAAUUUAACUUCCAUGAAAAAAACAUUUUUUUGUUGUCUAUUUGGAAACAAACAUAUUGAGUAUGUAUUUCGCAGUAUGCAUCACUUGCAUAAAUCAAUCGAUAGUGUUUUUAUCUAAGGUGAAGAAAGUGCGUAUUCAUAGGUCAGAUACGAGUCUGAAAAUUGAUUCGUAAGCCGAAUUAAGCGAGUUGAAAUCCGGAGCUUUUCCUUGCCGUGGAUAGAGGGACCUGUGAAUAUAAUCUGACGCCACAAUAGUGCACCGAUAAGAGAAAAAAGGGGGAAAAGACAAAACGUGUAAAUAUAAAAAGGGGACAAGGGGAAGCAAAUACAAUUCGUGUAUUUCUUUAAUGAUGGUUGCCUCAUGUAUAUACAAUACAUAUAUUUAGUGUGAUAAUGCAAUUGCUGAAGUACGGCGGCCAGAACGAAAGCAAGCAAAUCUUAGCUUUACAAAAAUAUAGUCGAGGCAACGAGCAAAAGUUCACGAGAUCGCCGAGUGGGCUCCGACAUCCAGAUAGUUGCUUUCCAACUAUUAGGUAUUCGCUUUUAUCCGGGGGGGUAAGCUUAUUUCGGGAAUUCAGGAGCCCCUAGUUUUCUGCUAAUAGGGGAUACACAACGAAUGUGUAAAGGUGCUUUCGAUUAUUGGAACUGCAAAUAAACCACCCUCAUCUCACAGAACUGGACACGAGGUCAAUGCGGCACCACUGGUAGUUCUUGGAGACCUUUCGUCGAGGAGUAGGAUUGUCCAAACGACGGAAAGCUGCUACUGCGGUUUGAUUCUUCACCAUGCUGUACGUGUUUCACGUCGAUUCGGGUCGGAUGCUGACUUUCGAGAUGAGCAAGGCGUUAGAAAACGUCAGCUCAUUGAAAGAAACCAUUGAACGGCACCAUGCUAUUCCCUGUAACACAAUCGUUCUGCUGGUGAGCGGUGGUGCGGUGCUGCAGGACAGCAACCGGGUCUGUAACUACACCGCAGGAACCGAUACCAAUCCGAUCUUCAUGUUCAGCACCUCUGUGUCGGACGGCAAAAAUCAGCCUCCUCCCUGGCCUAGUAUAGAAACUGAUAACGACCUCAAGGCCCAGGUGGACAAGUGCCUCGAACUGCCGGCUACGUAUAAUACGGUUGUGACGCGGGCUCAGCUUGCUCAGCAGAUCUACGAAAUGGCCAAGGAAGAAGUCAAGAUGUGCGAAACCCUGGUACACGAACAGCACCUGCAACAGCAAGGCUGGGCUGCGGUGGUGGCCAACAUGGAAGACGUGGUGGCCGAGUUCCGGGAACGAGUCGGGAAUUUCUACCAACGGUACGAGGAGCACCGGCUGCGAUACAAGGAGCAUGUGGAAAUUUUGGAAGCCUUUGACCAAGACUUGAAGCAGCUAUCGGAGAUUCCAAUCCUGCAGAAUUUGAUGGAGAACGCAGGUUCUAGGCCGUUUGGUGCUUUUGAUGAAGUGUACGCCGAUGCAAGUAACAUAGCUAGUACCUCAACUGGAAGCAAUAAGACGGCCAGCAACACCGAUGUUACGAGUACCAGUGCCGGAAGUGGAAAUGUUCCCCCGCUAGAUGUGGUCGAACCGAGCGAAGGUAAACAAACUGAAACGGAACAAGUCCUAAUAGCUGCCACUGCUGAUGGAGAUAGAGAAGUGCAGGAUAAGGAAACUCGGAAAUGCAUUUCCCUGCUAGAUUGGAUCUCGGCAUCCGAGGGCCAGAAAACUUUGAAACGAAUGGCUGAGGAGUGUAUGCGUGGUUUGGAACAGUUCGAGAAAGCCACCAUGGGAAACUUAAAAGAAAAUAUCGACAAAGCUGUUGAUUUGUCCCAAAGGGAGGAUAUGAAAGAAAUCAAAGGAAUAGAAGAGCGUCUUUAUGGACUGGAUGGGCUUAUGGUUACUGCCAAGAAAUUUAUGCAGGAACAGAACGAGCUGGCCCAAUCGUUUCAGCAUAAUCAGGAUAGAGCCAACAAAUUGGGUGAUACCUCGGUUCUGCCAGACCUGUGCGCAUCUCAUCGAAGCCAACUGCUGGUAAUGUUGCAAAAUCAUAAAAGUCUUAGAGACAUUCGUCGCCGAUGUUCUCAAUGUAAAAGCGAGCUGGGAACUAAUUUGUUCAAGCGGUUACAAUACAUAAUUCACAUCGAGACAAGAGUGUACGAAAUUGACAAUAGUUUAUUGUUUUAUCACACCUGUCUCAAACGGCUCCAGAAGCAUCUGGGAAUAAUUGAACAGAUCCAUAUGGCGCCAUGCAUGUACGUUAGUGCCGUAACGGAGGUCGUUCGUCGAAGAAUGUUUUCGGAUUCAUUUCUUAGAUGGGCUUCCGAUUUAGCCUGUCGGCUGAUGGCCAUCUACAACGAGGAGGUUAUGCGUAGACAUGAUUUUAGAGCUCAGUUUGAGGGUCACUUUCUUAGCACCCUGUUCCCGGGUAUGGAUGACAUGCCUCCAGCCUACGCAAUUCAGGCUCCCUCCAUCUUCGAUUCUAGUCUACCGGCUUUGACUAAGCUUGAUUUAACCGAACUAUCCCGCUUCCUGCCAGAGCUUACGGAAAAGAUCCAACUGCCGAAUUUAGAUUCUGUGAUAGAUUUCUUUUCAUCUAGAUCGGUAGAUGGAAACCAAAGCAAAAUAAGCGAGAUCCAAACCGAGUUGGCCCAAGAGGCCACUUCGUCGACAGUCAACGAGGAGAAACCUGCGGAUUCCUCUACCCAAGCACAACCACCGAUUAAAGAGGGAUGCGAAUCCGAAACCGAUACUGAGGAGUUUGAAAAAGUCGGCCAAAGUCCGAUAGAUCGCCGCCGUAAGUCCCGAGCAAAAUCCGUGAACGUCUGCAGCAUCGCUACAUCUAUGGAAAAGGUCCUGCUAACGAGCGCCGAAACAUUGACAGAGGAAAAUCUUGGUACCACCCGGUUGGAAGUGGAAAAACUGAAGGCGAUUCUGCUUAACGUUUACCGUCUGUCUCAAUCAUCAAUAGCGUUUCUCAGGGAACAGCUACAGUCGCUAAAGGCGGAAAACGAAGCCGGCCAGGCUGAAUUCCGUAAGAAAUUGGAAACGAUCAAUCGAUGCUGGGCGGAAAUCCAGGAAGAGGCACGCAAUCGAGAACGUGAAACCAUCCAACAGCUAACCGUCGAUCACGAGCUGGAAAUGAAUGAUCUGCGAAAAAGCAUCCAUAGCAAGGAUGACGAGAUUCAGUCAUUGCGCUCGGAUAACUCAAUGAUGAAGGCAAGUCAUAUCGAAACAGUUUCCAAGUACGAGUGCGAGAAGAAAGAGUUAGAUCAAAAGAUCGCAGAAAUGAAGCAAGUUGUUAGUAAAUUGGAAAAACAGCUGAGCGAUGUUGAUGUAGACAAGAAAAAAGCUAUUCAAGAAGCUAUUGAACAGUUAGAACACAAGCACAAAACUGAAAUCGAAUCGCUGCGCUGUCGUUAUAAGUUGAUGACCAGUAUGGAUAGGUCUCCUUCGGACACUAGCCUAGAGAAGAUUGAAAAACCCGAUAUGAUUGACAUCGCUAGUCAUGAGCAACUGUUAGCGCAAGCUAGGGAAGACUUCAAUCGCGAGAAAGAACGUGCAAUACGAUUUGCUAUCGAGGAAGAACGCCAACGUUGGGAGGCAACUUCUGUGACGUUGAGGCCACAGCAACGCUCUAUGGCCAGUUCUCCGGGUACACCAACCGGAAGUUCCGACAUCUACAAACGCAUUCUGGAGGAAAAAGAGCGACAGUUAGACGAGCUUCGGGAGAAGGAAGCGCUUUUGAUACGCGAAAACCAACGGUUCAAAGAAACAAUCCAGUCGUUGACUGAUCCAGAGCUGUGUUCAAACCAAAUGAACUUCAAAGAACGGGUCGAGUUUUUGGAGAAGGAAAAGCAACAGUUGGUAAAAGAACUAGAAAAGCAGCACAAUAAAGUCGGCGGUGGAAUUUCGAUUCACUCCUGCUCAAAGGGGGAUACUGUGAUGGUCGUUUAUAACGGCACUUACGAUCAAUACACAAUCGUACAGAACGCUCCAGUUUUAUUCUUCCUGCAUGCUGACAGCUAUCCGGCUUUCAAUUUAACCCAACUUCAGCCGGGCAAGGCUCCUAAAAUCAUCCACUGUAUCGGGUUGGUGGUAGACAAAGACUACUGCCACGCCAGGAAGGAUGAGAACCGGUACAAGGUUUCCCGAGGGACUCGUUUCUAUCGGGUCAAGGUGAAACCAUUGCCCAGUAGCAGUGGUAGUGGUACCAGUACUACCAGUACCAGCAUCAGUACCAGCACCAGCAUCUCGAAGAGUGUCGAUUCAGACAAGCAUUCCCAGAAAAAGGAGAGAAGCAAACUUUCGGAACUGAGCCGCUCCUCGUCGACGAUCACAGAUUCCCAGAGCAUUACGGCUGGAACUCCGGCCGGGGGACUGUUGAUUGACUCGUUUGCACAAACCGAGCACCACAUGAUCGGGUCACCGUCGAUGGAGGAUUCGGCUAUCAAGAGCAGCACCAGCCGGGACAUGGUCGAUUCGGGAGUGGCGGAGCAACAGAGGAGCUCGUACAAGGAACGCCACAUCAGCGUCGGAACGGAUGACGACGAUGUGGUUUCGUACAGCCGGAGUGCCAGCGUCAGUGCCGAUGAUGGAGACCAAGGGCAGCAGCUGAACAUCCAACGGCUACGAUACCAGAGCGUUUGUGAGGAGGAACAGGACGAUUCGGCCACCGAAGCCUCGGAGCAGCUGCAACCGGAGGGCACCAAUAGUAGCACGACGGAUCAGGUUCGACAUUUUCAACCGCAAGCACAAGAGACGACGACGCCGGCUUUUGCGGACGGAAUCGAUGUUGUAGACUUCGGUUUCCUGGGUCAUCCUUUGUCGGCGCUGGACAUAUUCGAGAGUUUGCCCAAUCCAUCCUGCUCACCUACCGUGGAUGAUCCUUUCCUAUCGAUGCCAUCGUCUGGGGAAAUUUUCAGACCAGCCAGCGAAAACCUUAGUGACUCCACCGAAUCGAUCUACAACUCACUGGAAAUGUCCAAGGAAUUUGGGGGUAGAGGAGAUGCUGAUUAAUAGAUUAGACUGAUUAAACUUUUUUUCAAAUAAUGUUCAUAUAGAUUCUAACUACGCAUGUUUCCAUUAGUUAAGGUGUAACAAUUUAU